GUCGGGUUUUAGAGACUGUGUUUUGUAUGCUGAUUGAUUGUUGCAUUAAAGAGAGGAAGGUAGACAUGGCCCUGAAAUUAACCUACAAAGUAGACCAGUUUGGCAUCUUUCCUUCACGAGGGGUUUGUAUUUCGUUAGUUGAGGAAAUUCUACGAGCUCAUGGGUUGGAGUUAGCUCGGGAAUUUGUUGAGCACAUGCUUAGUCGAGGGAGGCAUCUAAAUGCUGCCGUUCUUAGCCUAUUCAUAAGGAAGUAUUGCUCUGAUGGUUAUUUUGAUAAAGGUUGGGAAUUGCUUAUGGGAAUGAAACACUACGGCAUCAGACCUGAUAUUGUGGCAUUUACAGUUUUCAUUGAUAAAUUGUGUAAGGCAGGGUUUCUAAAAGAAGCGACUUCGGUAUUGUUUAAACUCAAACUCUUUGGUAUCUCUCAGGAUUCUGUAUCCGUCAGCUCUGUUAUCGACGGGUUCUGUAAGGUAGGGAAACCAGAGGAAGCCAUUAAGCUCAUUCAUUCUUUUCGUCUUAGACCAAACAUUUUUGUGUACAGUAGCUUUCUGUCAAAUAUAUGUAGCACAGGAGACAUGCUUAGAGCUUCUACCAUAUUUCAGGAGAUUUUUGAGUUGGGACUACUUCCUGAUUGUUAUUGUUAUACUACUAUGAUUGAUGGGUAUUGUAAUCUAGGCAGAACCGAUAAAGCUUUUCAAUUUUUCGGGGCGCUGUUGAAAAGCGGGAACCCGCCAUCCUUAAUAACAUAUACACUACUUAUUGGUGCUUGCAGCAAGUUUGGAAGCAUAAGUGAUGCAGAAUCAGUGUUUCGGAUUAUAAAAACUGAAGGUUUGCAUCCGGAUGUUGUAACGUAUAACAAUCUGAUGUAUGGAUAUGGGAAGACACAUCAGCUGAAUAAAGUUUUUGAGCUUAUUGAUGAGAUGAGAUCUGCUGGUAUCUCUCCAGAUGUUGCAACCUACAAUAUUUUGAUACAUAGCAUGGUUAUUAGAGGAUAUGUCGAUGAAGCAAAUGAAAUUAUCAGUGAGCUUAUCCGACGAGGCCUUGUUCCUAGUGCAUUAGCAUUCACAGAUGUGAUUGGUGGGUUCUCGAAGAGAGGGGAUUUUCAGGAAGCGUUUAUUUUGUGGUUCUACAUGGCUGAUCUUAGAGUGAAACCUGAUGUUGUAACAUGCAGUGCAUUACUUCACGGUUAUUGCAGAGCGCAGAGAAUGGAGAAAGCUAUUGUUUUGUUUAAUAAGUUGCUUGAUGCGGGGUUAAAGCCAGAUGUGGUUUUGUAUAAUACGCUCAUCCAUGGAUAUUGCAGUGUAGGAGAUAUUGAGAAAGCAUGUGAGUUGAUUGGUUUGAUGGUUCAAAGAGGAAUGCUUCCAAAUGAGAGUACACAUCACGCACUUGUUGUGGGGCUUCAGGGAAAGCGGUUCAUGAACUCGGAAGAGCAUGCAUCUUUGCUACUUGAAGAAAUUGUUGUUGCAAAUGGCGCCUGAUAGCCGGAGGAUGAUAACAGAUCACAUUCUGCAACCCAAUACAAGCUUUAUCUGUAAGUUUUGGCUUUUGUUUACGACUUUACGUUUUGAUUUAUUUGUUUUUAACACAACGUAAUUAAGUGAUUAAAUUUGUUCAUUUAGU